UAGAACAUAAAUCGUGGUUACAGACAUGUUAAAGAAUUCGCGAUAGCAUCAACACAAAUCGUAACUUGUGGAGUAGGUUUUAUUUAAUCUCUGGUGGCAGUUUCGAUUUAAAGAUAUAGGUCAACGUAAGAGUAUGAGUCUAAAUGCUAAGAAAGCAAAGCUUUCGGACUCGGAAAUCACUAUUGACAUGACAGAAACUGUACCUGCAAUACAUGAAACAUCAAAAUCAUGGGAUGAACGUAUUAGUCAAACGUCAAUCGCCCAUGGUGAAAAGCAACAGUUUGUCAGUUUGGUUAUUUACUCGCUCGGGAUUUUCUGUUGCUAUCUUGUCUACGGUUUUAUACAAGAAGGAAUAACAAGAGGUGAUUAUGAUGGCGAAAGAUUCACUUUUUCCCAAGCUCUUGUUUUCGUUCAAUGUGUUAUUAAUGCCAUAUUUGCCAAAGCAAUGAUCGUCUUUUUGACAAAACCUGAACAAGAUAAGACACCGAAACCACUGUAUGCUGCUUGUGCAUUUUGUUACAUGGGAGCUAUGGUUGCAAGUAACCAUGCCUUAUUAUACAUUGCUUAUCCUAAACAGGUUCUUGGCAAAGCUUGUAAACCUAUUCCAGUCAUGAUUCUUGGUGUACUACUUGCCCACAAGAGAUAUCCAAUAGCCAAGUAUUUCUGUGUGUUAAUGAUUGUGUUGGGUGUUGCUGGUUUUAUGUACAAAGAUGGCAAGGAUACUGGAGACUCAGCUGGUUUAGUUUCACUGGGUUUUGGGGAAAUUCUGCUGUUGGUAUCUUUAACCCUUGAUGGUUUGACUGGAGUGACACAAGAAAGAAUGAGAGCUCACCAUUUUACGAACCAUCAUUACAUGAUGCACAACGUAAACUUGUGGUCAUGCUUUCUCCUAGGAGCAGCACUACUCAUAACCGGAGAAGGUUCUCAGUUUGUACAAUUUGUUAUGAAACAUCCGAAAGUUGUGACACAUUUAGCCAUGUUCAGUGUCAUGUCAGCGCUUGGUCAGCAUUUUAUAUUUUUGACAGUGGUAACUUUUGGACCAUUGACCUGUUCAGUUAUAACAACUACUAGAAAAUUCUUCACAAUCUUAUUCUCUGUUUUGAUUUUUCAAAAUCCAAUGAACACAAGGCAGUGGUUAUCAACUGCCCUUGUAUUCACAGGGUUGGGGCUGGAUUCAAUUUAUGGCAAAUCGCUUAAACCAAAAUUAAAAAUCUCCCAAAAAGAAUGACAUGAAACACCUGCAGCACAACAGCUGAAAACUCAACCUUGAGUGAAAAAUUUUCAGCCAUUGCCAUACCAAAUAGAGAUUUUAUUUAUUGUUUUAUCUUUCAGCAAUAUUAUGUUCUAUUUCAACUCAUGGCCUUAACUCAAUAAAAGGCAACGUGAGCAAACCUGUUGUCAGAUUUGAUAUUGAAUCAGUAUACGUUGUAGUAUUGUUUUAUUUUGUUACUGAAUCAGUUAACAUAGACAUUGCUUAUUAAACACAAAUAGCGCUAUUUAGUAUAUGUAUGUGUUUAUUAGUUUGUACAAGUUUUGGGUUAGAUACUGGUGGUUCAACAAAACUUGUUGUUGUUGUCUCAUUGAUUAAAGUAGCGAAAAUUAAAAUGCUUACGA